AUGGAUGCCUGUGCCCGAAUUAGAGGAGUCCCAGUAAGGUCCCGGGCCUCGGUCCGGAAAGAGACUGUGCGUGACGGCGGGGCGCAGUGUGUGAAGAGCCUCUUCAGGAACAAAAAGGAGCUGUGCGGCGUUGGCCUAGAGCUGCCGACCAGAGACGCCACAAGACUGACAGAGAUUCAUUUUGUGUGUCUGCCUGGUCAGUGUGAAGGGGAAGACGUCACCCAACAGGCUCUGACCUCUCUGCCUGCCGGGCUGUGCGAGCUCCUCAGGUCGCUUCACGUCCACGGCCUCAAGAACGAUGAGGUUCUGCUGCUCAAAGACUCCCGCAGGCCGGCAGAGCACAGAGACGCCGGGCCUCAGUGUUGGUUGAAGGCUGUGUGUGUGCUGAGGCAUAAUCCCGGCGCUAGCGUCUACCCUCAGGCCAGCGUGGCGUCUUUGCUGGGCCUGCUGGGCUGCUACAUGGCAGGUGUCCGCUACGCUCUGGAGCUCCAGGCGCUUCAGAGGGGCACAGCUGAGCCCAGCCAGCCGGAGGAGGACGACACCAACCAGUCGGUCUCGUCGAUCGAGGACGACUUCGUCACGGCCCUGGAGCAUCUGGAGGAGGAUGACGCAGGAGACAAUCCCUCUGCUGCUUCCUAUCGUCAUUUUAAAAAGCGCGACGUGGCAUCACAGACGGUCCCGGCCCACAAGAGAAGGAAAGAACUGUCCGGCUCUCGCGUCAUCAUCAGCUCGUCCUCGAAGAAGUGUUCGGCCAAACACAGGUCGGGUCCAGACGUGUCGGUCACAGUGCAGAGGUCGUCAGCUGUAGAAUCCCAGUGGACUUACUGCAGCCCCGGAGCUCGACUCCCCUCGCCGUUAAUCCAUGUCAGUGAAUCGGAAGAGUCGGACUGCUCAAGCCCCAGUCCGAUUAUUUUCCUGGACGAGGUGGGCUACCAGAAGAGUCUGCUGGCCAAGCUGGACAUCCCUCAGGUGCCGGGGGGGCCCAGAGAGCGAGUGGAAGACUCAGACUCUGAAGUCAGUGAAUUCUUUGACAGUUUUGACCAGUUUGAUGACCUGGAGGAGCUGAGCUCCGAGAGCUGCACUCUGGCACUGCCUCUGGACACCAUCAGUGCCACAACCACCCAGAAGAAGUCGGCUGAGUCCAGCGGCAGGGGCUCAGCAUCCAAAUACGUCUCUAGGGGCUGCUCAACCAAGGGGAUGAAUCCUCACCGCUUCGACCAGCCCGUUCUCCCAGCCAAUGUGAAAAAACCCACUCCCCUGAAGCCAGGCUCUCCCUACUCACUUCACUCUGAGGUGCCUGACUCCCCUCGGCCGGUGCAGACCCCCUCUGAGGAGAACGGCGGCCCGCUCUUCAGUCCUGUGAGCUCCUCAGCCUUCAGCCCUCUGGUGGACUCUAGUGGACCUCUGGAAUACUUUUGGAAGACAGAGGAGGACGAGCAGGACGGCUCAGAGCUGCGUAAACCCCAGGAUCUCUGCUCUCUGUAUAAGACCUACUCAGACUUUGCCAGCAGUCUGUCCAAAGAGAUCCUGGGCUCCGUGUGCGGCUACCAGUCUGCCGUGGACAUCAGCGACAACAAGAACCUCAGCUGCGUCUGCCACAAGGAGUUCACGAACCCCUCGGGUUACCUGAUGAAGCUCUCAGAGAUACAGGAGACAGUGACGGUGGACAAGCUGCAGAAGAAGUCCCAGUCUCUGAAGGACGGCAUCCAGAGGUUCGCCACCGACCUGGUGGAGAUGAGCCUGGGCAGCGCCCUGCGAGACCUCCAAAAAGGCGUUUCCUCCUGCACCACCACCUUGUGCCACUUAGCUGCGAGACUCACCUCGUCUGUGUUUCAGAUGGCCUUCCAUGAGAUCGGCAUGCGCCACGCCUACGUGCUGAAGGAGCGAGCGAUCAAUGGAUUAGCUGGUUUCCUGGUGGGAGAGGCUGUGUCCGGAGCGCUGAAGGAGUUCCUGACGGUGAAAAAGCAGAUUUUCCACAGCACGGUGACACGUUUCGCUGCCGAUCUGGCCGAAGAGCUCGUGUUUGAAGGCAUCAUGGAGGUGUGCCAGUUCUCCCACCCCUCGACGCCUCUCACCCCCAGUGAUUGGUCCUUUGGCAACAAGCAAGAGGAUGAGGAGGAGGAGGAGGUGGUUUCCUCCUAUGCUUCAGACCUGUCUGAGUCUGUUAUCCAGGAGGCCUUCAUAGAGCUGUCUCAGGCCGACGUCGCCUUCACCAGCCAAGCGGCGAUCAGCGUGUCUCUGGACAACAUCUGCUACGUCAGCUCAGAGAACAGCAGCACUCGCACCUGCAGCACCUUCGCCAACCAGCAGGUGUUGAGCUCCAGCUCGGCCGCAGCGGCGCCUCCGGGACCCUCAGGAGAGGACGCAUCCUGCACCGUGAAGAAAGCCCUGUUCACCGUGUCGGGCAUGGCCAGCUGUAUUCCUGUGCCCCAGGCGGGUCAAGCCCUCUCCCACCUCCAGGAUCCUGAGGAGACCUGUUCAUCAGAUACCCCGCAGUCCAGCCCCAAACGAGUGCCUGUAUCCUCCCCUGACGCCACCACAUCUACACAAACUCACCUGUACAGUCACGGCACUCAGACCCCCACACCUGGAGGAGCUCCCUCCCAAGGAAAGUCCCCAUUCCAAAACUUCUCCGGCAACAUGGUGGAUAUGAUAGUAACCGAGGCCUGCGAGCUAAUAACAGCCUCUAAGAUGAAGAAGAGUUUCGGCGACUGCGCCGACUUCUUUACAAAGACAGUCGGAAGCAGAAGGGGGUCUUGUUCCAAGCAGGAGACGGCGAACUAUGAGGCUCCAGACUCGCCGUCGAAGCAGGGAGCUGGCAGGGAGUGUUUCAGAUACGACUGCAGAGACUCUGGGUUUGUGAGGAAGGUGCUCCACGUCGAGCAAACAACAACAGACCCCGGCGUUCCUCACAUUUCCUUUCACGCGGACUCUCAAAGCCAGAGGAGAGCCAGCUGUGACUUAGAUCCAAGGACCAGAGGUGUGGUGGAAACACAUCCGGUAACCAUGCAGACGCUGGACGUGCCGGGCGCCGAGGUGGGCGGGCAGAGGAGGAUAUCUGUUCCCGCCGAUGACUCGAGUCCGAGCUCCGGGCAAAAAUCCGGCGGGACUCCCGGCACUCCUCCGUCCACCCCUCAGCAGCCCAGUGAGGUGUCCAAGGAGAAGCAGAUAAAACAGUUCUCCAAGAAGCUGAAGAGCAAGUUGGCCAAGGAGUUCUCCCCUGCCACCCCCCCCCCCACGCCUCACUAUCAGCCCGAGCCUGGCCCGGGCCCGAAAGACGUCACCCCUGAGGCCGACAAGGCUGAGUUCAUGCUCAAGCUGAUGAGGUCUCUCUCCGAGGAGGCCGACAGCAACGAGGAAGAAGAGGAGGAAGAACUGGCGGAGGAGGGAGGAGCUAACAGAUGUUCAGAGACGGCGGGAGGCCGGCAUGAACUGCACCACGUGUCCGCUCGCAGAAUGUCCAACAAAGAAGCUCUCCACUACGCCGAGCGGCUGGCUUGUCACAUUGUCUCCAUGGCGACAGAGAUGGACACCCUGGGAGUGGCGGAGGAGGAGGAGGAGGAGGAGGAGGAAGGGGGAGAGGGGAGAAAAGGCGGCGAGAGGAGGAGAGACAGCGUGGCUCAGUUCUCGGAGCAGACGCUCAACACCUUGUGGGUGUACGCCGGCGAGGUGGCGGGGGAGGUGAUCAACGAUGUGAAGAGGAUGGUGAGCUCCGGACAGCAGUGUCCGUACCACAGAGCUCUCAGGAGACGCAGCCUGGACAGAUCUAACUCUGAAUGUUUGCAUCACCUCCGACACCACCACCAGCACCACCAGCACCAGCCCCAACCCAGCACAGACCAGAGCAGAGACUGGAGGGUGGGGCGGCUGGCCGAGCAGUGGUCCAACGACCUGAUAGCCUCCGUGUUCCGCUCUCCCGCCUCCACCUCGAGCACCGUCUCCAGCUCCAGCUCCGGCCUGUCCUCCGAGUAUCCCAGCUGUGAGAGCGUGACGGACGAAUAUGCUGGCUACCUGAUCAGGGUGCUGAAAAAGGAGGGAGGGAGCAGGGAGCUGGUCCUGGAUCAGUACGCCAGCCGUUUGGCCUACCGCUCCAUAAAACAGGGCUUGGCUCACGCCGGUCGUAAGAUCAAACAGAGAUCCUCCAGCGCCCGCCUCCACUCCUCCAAGUCACUGCCGGACGAGUGGAGAGCGUCAGGCAGCGAGGCCUCGUCUCCCAAGGACAGAGCGGAGUCGGGGGUGUGUCCCUCGGGCGAGGACGCUCAGUGCUGCUGCAGGGACUCUGAGGAGCAGAGUCAGAGGGAGUACAUGGACCUGGUCAACUUCGCAGAGUCUUUAGCGUACAACAUCACCUGCGAUGUCACACGCAAGCUGCAUCUUUCCUCUGUGCGACUGCCCAAGUCUCUCACUGACUCCUGCCUUUAUAAGAAAUCCAAACUGGAGGACAUGGCGGAGAGUCUCAUCAGGAACUCCUUCUCCUGCCCCCUGUUGUCCAAGGAGGGGAAGAGCAGGCAUUACCACAGCACAGGCAGCCUGUAUGACGGAGGCUACAGCAGCAGGGUGAUGCAGGUCAUCGAGCAUUACGCCGGGAAAAUAGUUGACGACACUUUGAAGAUGAGCCUGGCUUCGGUCGGACAUUCGUCCCGGGAGCAUCAGAGGACCCAAGGCCAUGACAGACACUCUCACGCCCAGCGGCUGUCCGAGGGGCCGGCGGCGGGCCAAGCUCUGGGGGAGAGGACGUGCCGGUACUGUCAGGUCCAGGAGUGUCCGUACUGCACCAAACACAGCCGGCACCGCCAGUCUGUAAUACAGAGGAGGAAGAGGGGGGCGGACUGUCAGGCGAGGACGGAGCGGCUCCCCGGCCUGGACAUCCCGAAGAUCCACAUCGACCUGGACCACAGGGCGGCGUUCGCGGAGGAGAUGGUCUCCAUGGCGAUGGAGACGGCUAAACGCGAGCUGAGCAACACCAGCCUCAACGCCGACAGCGGCAUCGGUCACGAUGGCACCAGCUACGCCGAGAGUCUGACCGCUGAGAUCAUGACGUCGGCGCUGUCCAACGUCUGCCAGGCGGCCAACGUCAGCUCUCCAGGGAGGGAAGCCACUGAGUCCACCGUGUCUCAGCAGCUGAGUGUGGGAGACGACAGUCUCGGCAGCUGGUCUAACCUGAGCUUUGAGGACGAGCACCUCGACGACAACAGCAGCUUCCUCCACCUCAGUGACAGCAGCAAUGGGAACAGCAGUAGCUGGAGCAGUCUGGGCCUGGAGGGGGAGGCGUGUGAGGAGCGCAUGUCCUUCUCCCCCUCUGACAGUGACAACACAGAGGACAAGGAGACUGAGGUCAGAGAGGAGUCCAGUGGGACGCUCUGCGUGGACCGGACCCAGCUGCUCACUCCCAGGACGGCGCUCGUCAUCGCGAACUCGGACAUCAGGGAGCUCGGGCGCGGCCCUCAGCACGUGACCCUCGACCCUCAGCUCAGGAGCCUCCUGCAGUGGGCGGCAGCCUCCAUGGCCGACAUUCCCCAGAUCCAGCUGAGUCCCGACAGAGAGCUGCAGCAGCUCCCAGCCGUGGUCCAAAGGCUUCGGGAGAGGAGGUGGAGGGUGGGAGAGCUGCUGCACACGCUGCUGCGCUACUGUGAAGAGAGCCAGGCGCACCACGGCCCGCCCCAGCCCAGAGAGGAGGCACUGCAGGCGGGCAGAGAGCCGCACCGUGUCCCCCUGUUCCAGUGGCUCCUGGAGCACGCCUAGGUCCUCUCCUCUCCUUUUCUCCUCUCCUUGUCUCCCUGUCUCCUCUCCUUUCCUCUCCUUUCCUUUCCUUUUCUCCUCCUCUCCUCUCAGUUCCAAACAGGGCUUUGCAAAACUCCACAGCCCCUAGAGGGCGCCAAAACAGAAAUCAGCUGAUCCAACUCACUCUGAUGAAUGUGAGCGGCGUGUGUUUUUGCAUUGACGCAGACUUCUUCUGUUGUAUUUUGUUUUUCUUUCCAAGCGUCUGUUUCUGUCGUCGCAGUUUCAUUAUUUAUCCGGCUGCAUUUAUCACGUAAUGUUUUAAUGAGCCGUCUCUCCCGCCCGACCCACACGCUGAUCUGAAGCCCUCACACCUUGCUGCCGCUGUGCUUGAGCUACAGAAAGAAAAGGAGAGAGGGAGAGAGAGAGAGA